AUGGCUUACUCGACGCUCUUCGUACGCUUCGUACUGCUAUAUACAGCUCUGUGUAGUCUAGUGAACGCUCAGAUGAUCCCCAGACGCCCGCCUGGAUUCACUCUGGGCAACGGUAGUGCUGACGCUGGUGUCCAACUUGAGUCCUACAUCGAUUUGUUAUGCCCGGACAGCAAGUCGGCGUACCCUGGAUUAAAGAAGAUAGUGCAGCAUUAUGAAUCGGAGGAAGUGCGUGUUCGCUUCGUGCUGUUCCCAUUGCCGUACCACCAACACGCCUUCGCUACUGCCGAAGCUUCUUACACCAUCACCAUAGCGUUGGGCGACAAAAGCUUUACCGAUUGGCUCGAAGUGAUGUAUGCUAAUCAGGAUAUUUUCUCGAACAAGGCAUCAAAAGAUUUGAGUCCCAUUCAAGUGGCUGCCAAGCUCAAAUCUUUGGCUCAGAAGACGUUUCCAUCGUUGACUGACGCAGAGUGGGAUUCACAAAUGACGGGCUAUGGGGGCACUGCCGCAGAUGUCUAUAGUCGUGAAUCAUGGAAGUACACGUGCACUAGAAGCAUGUCGGGCACACCAAUGUACACGUUAAACGGUGUCCCAUUCGAUGCUGGUGCCGAUUGGACUUUUGAGCAAUGGCUUAAGGUUGUUGACCCACUCGUAAAGGCUAACAAGCCUACUUUGGAUAUGCAAUCUAGGACCGAAGCGUGGAAGGAUGUUCGCUUGAGCGGAGCUCCUCGUGUCCAGCCAGACCGAGAUGUCAUGCAUCUCGUGCGUGCUGGGGAAUGGGCUACUACUACCCAAUUUUGUGAGGGUAUAGCUGGUGGAGCGAGAGCGUGCGAGUAUGUAUCCGGUCGUGCCAUGUGCUGCCAUGCAAACGAAGCAUGCAUUCUUAGCGAAGGGUGUGUGCAACUGCAGUGA